UACAACGACCUCCCGUCACCAGGGGGCAGCAGCAGCAGCAGCGUCCUCGUCUCCAGGAACAGGAAGCUGUGUUGUUUAUACGCGGCUGCGUCCUGUUGGUCUCAGCUUCUGUUUUGCGUCUGUUGCGGAGAAACUUGUGCGUUAAACUCCGCUUCCGUCGCUUCCUGGAGUCAAACUAACGUUGCGACACGUGUCGCGGAGGCCGAGGAGCCUCACGGAGAGACGCUGGCGCGGGAGUCCCGCUGUUAGCCCGCAGCGUUAGCCUGUAGCACUAGCCUGGAGCGAUGACCGCGGACAGAGUUUUUCUUUCUGCGUAUUUCGUCUGUUGACUCAAACCGGAGAUCCGCCGUUCACCAUGUCGAGUGAAAACACCGACGCGACGAGCCAGGAGGAGAACGGCCCCUCGUCCGACCCGAACGAGCACGACUAUGCUCACUCCGUGGACAGUAGCUCUGCUGCCACCGAGGCGCCCUCCUUCUCCGGUGCGUCAGCGGGGGACGGCGGAGUCAUUGCGCAGGAAAGCUUCACUGCGCCGGCUGAACAGGAGCAGAGCACCCCGGUGCAGCCCGCUGCCUCUCUGCCGGUGGAGAUCCCCGAGCCGGUCGUGGGUGCGGAGGUGGACUGUCCCGUGGGGAAUUAUGUGGAAGCGACCUCUCUGCUGGCGCAGACCGCCCCCCUCGCCCCGCAGCGCGGCAGCCGCCGGCGGUGCGUCUUGCCGGAGGACAGUAACUGCUCCUGCUGCAAGUCUCUGUUCGAGAGACACGGCCGCAGCUUCAACCGCAGGGCGGUGCACACCUUCACCUCCCCGGAGACCGUGCACUGGGUCUUUCCGGACACCGUGGUGCAAGACAGGUCCUUCCUCUGCGAGACAUGUGCGCAGGUCAUCCGGAGCAAAUGCAAACGCAAACAAGUCGGGAAGCGGCCAGUGUGGCUGAAACCACCGGACACCAAACAGCAGUCAGACGGCAGAGACAAGAAGAAGAAAGGCCGGAGGAUGGGGAAGAAGAGCAAAGCGGCCCAGCUGGUGAGCAAGUCCUGCUACAAGGCUGCUUUCAAAAUGCUCUGGUCUGCUAAAGGCGCCCGGAAGCCCAUGAUGGACUUCUGGUGUAAACAGCUGAAAGAGGAGAUGAAGCUACUGUCGCGGCAAACAGGUAGCCCCUUUCAUCACAAGGUGUCGAGCAGGAAGCCGCUGUCUUCCUUCCCCUGGCGACGAUGUCUGAACUGGGCCCAGGAGAAAGCUCCACUUGUCACCACCUGCCUCCGCGCGCUGUUCCCUGACAUCAACGCCCUCGCCAAGAGCAGCCACCUUCUGUCGGAGGAGCAGGCACAGACACUUCUGGAGCGUCGUGCUGUGGUGGCGCUCUCCAUCCCACUUUUCACUCGGAACAUCUGGAAGAACAACUUCCUGCAGGCUGCUCUGGGGGCGGAGCUCCGUCUACAGGGCUGCUCUGGCGCAGCUCUCGAUGCCCUCAACACCAUGGGACUGUGUCAAAACAAGGACACCGUCAGGUUACUGCUGCACAGGCUCCGAAACGGCAAGAAGACAUCAACACAAAAUGGACGACAAAGGACGAGGUUGAUGCAAGAACAGAUUAAAGGAGAACAGAUGUCAGAUGUGGAGGAAGACGAUAUCGAAGAGGAAGAGGAGGAUGAAGAAGUGGAAGAGGAGGAUGAUGAUGAUGAGGAGGAGGAGGAAGAGGAAGAAGAAGUGGAAGAGGAGGCUGAACUACAGUUGGCAGUCGAGGAGGAAGAGGUGCAGGAUGGAGUGCCACAGGAAGAGGAGGAGGAGGAGGAGGAGGAUGAGGAGGAGGAUCAAGCAGCAGAGGAAAAAGAGGAGAAGAAGAGGAGGAGGAGAAAGAAGGCAAAGAAGCAGAGGAAGGAAGAGAAAAGGAAGGAGAGAGGCAAACGAAAGGCAAAACAGAGAGAGGAGGAGGAGGAUGAGGAGGAGGAAGAGGAUGAAGAUGAAGGGUCGGAGCAGAAGAAGAGGAGGGUGGUGGUAGUGAGGCUCGGCCUGCUGAAGGGACAUUCGGAGGUUGGACGAUCUGACCUAUCAGCUCCCUAAGACUUUGUAGGCCCCACCCAUGAACUCAAAAUACCCCACCCACAACCAGAGAGCCGGAGAGGCUCCGCCCUCAGCUCAUUAAAGCGCUUCUUCUUUAUUUCAUCGUUAAAUCGACAAUAUUACAAAACAUCUUCAUCCUCCAAAACAAGAUUCAGCGUCUGGACUGAGUCUGAACUUACAACCAUCAACCAAGGACACAUUAUAACAAUAACAUGAGUUUGGUUUGAAUACAUUUUAGUUUUUAACAUUUUGUUUGUAUUUGUAAAUUUAGCCAAAAAAUGAUCUGAUAUCCUGUUUUUCCUAAGAGCAGUAUUUUUAUUUUCAGAAAUGUCCGGGUUGUUUUUUUCUUUUUUACUAAAGAGUUUGAUUUAAAGCCUCUGGUGGGGGAACAUGGGUCCACUGGAACAGUAAAUGUAAAAAGUAUAUGGGGGGUUUAUCGCCCGUGGCUUAUCGUCAUGGAGACUGAAUACACCUUGAGUAAAGCCACCAGCCACUGAUGAAUCUGUAAAUGUUCAAAUAUCUGGCUGGUAUUUUCAGAAGUGAUCUUCCAGAUGUUUCUCCAGCUGCUGGAUGAUUUAAGUUAUGGGGAAGUUUUUUUUUAUUAUCGAUGAGAGCAGCUCUCAGUUCAGAUUUCGACUCUGAUGUGACAUGAAGUUAAACUCACAAGAGCAGAAACAGUUUUUUGGGAUUCUGAACACUGGAAGCCUCAGAAUGUUUGUGGUCACAGUCUGAAGUUGUUUCUUUCUUUUCAUUGUUUCUGAGCUGAGUCGAUGCACAGACGAGUUAAACACCUGGGAUUUAUACUUUUAUUUUUUUAAUUUACUGUUUGUGAACUGAACAGAAUCAAAGCUUCAGAACCAGUUUGAAUCAGACUGUAAUUAAAGAUGGACGACAUGUCAGCUACCCACAAGUGAAGCGUCUGGAUCGACUUCAGUACAGGUCAUAAACCUGCCUCCACCACGUUAGCGGAUGGGACACGGAUCAAACUAACAAGUCAAUGUACACGUUGAAUAAAAUUUUCUGAAAUAUAGUUUGUGUCAUUUCAGGUAGUUUAUCACACCGAGGUUUUAAGUGUUCAUGUUUCUGAUAAGUUUGUUUUUUUAAUUUAUUUGAUGCCAUAAAAAAACUGGGUGAAAUGAAAGAAUUGUCUGGAGGCGUUCAAAAGGGUUUUUGUGAGGUCACAGUGACCUCGACAUUGAACUCGCAAAUUCUAAUCAGGUCAUCGUUGAGUCCAAGUGAAUGUUUGUGACAGAUGUGACGGAAUCCUGUGUUUGUCUUUGACCUCCAACAUUUUGUCAGUUCACGUCUGCACAAGGUGUGCUUGAGAAAGUGUGUUCACAAAGACAAGCUGAAAACAUGCCUUUGGCUGCUGACUGUUGCCGGCACGGGGGAAUAAAGAACACAUUUUCCAAGACAUCUCCAGAAAACAUUGGUGGAAAGCCGAGGAACAUCCUGACCAGAUCACCAGUGAAUCACAGGGUUGACAGUUAGAGACAAAUCUACUCUCAGAUUCACACCUACAGUUAUCAACCUAACCCCAGUCUGCUUGUGUUCAGACUGGGAGGAACCAGUGCACAAAUUAUGAAGUGACAGACUGAGGCAUCGUGAAGGACAAAGGUUUUUAUUUCUGUAACAGAGUCGUUUACAGCAACAAAAACAUCCACAGAGCUGCUGCAGCUACAAUAAAUAAUCCUGACCACGCUCCCCCUCCAGUGCUCUGCUGGGUCAUUCUUCUUCACUGCUGCUUUCAAAGAGAGUCGAGUGCCAGUAUAAUGAAGUUAGCAGACUACGUGUUCUGGUGGUUAGAAACAUACAAGUGUGUAUUCACAACAAAACAACCGAGAGCACAAACUGAGUUUUAAUCAGCCUGAAGAUUUGAGAGCUUGCAGGAAUAAAACUCAAUCGGAAAUCUGCUGCUUCACCAAAUGUUUUGUGAUCGAAUCAUUUCAUUGACUCUCAAGUUUGGGGAUUGACAGGUUUCAGUGUCAAGUAAAGAACUUGGCCUAAAUGAGAUGAGGACUUAAGUUCACACUCAACUCUUUCAGUCAGCAUUGAACACGUUAACUUUAAUCUAAGUCCCUCUGGAGGGCCGAGGAAAUUACGUCCACACAUUUAUUCUGACCCUGCCAGCUCUCAGACCUGAACACGGAUCAAAUCCUCACCUUUUUUUAUGCUCACUCAGCGAUUUGUCGUCACCGAAUGUCACAGAAAUACAGGUUUAAAAUCUACAGGAUAAAGCUACUUUUAUUUUGAAGAGGGAGAAAUGGAAAGAGCAACCAGAGC